UUGUGUCACUAGACUUUGACCAGAUAUUAUUACAUCCAGAGAUCAACUGAACCUAGAACAUAGAUACAGAGACACUUGUCAUCAGGAAGGUUCUCUCUCAGCACAACGGAAAAUAUCUCAAUGACUUGACAUGUUCUGGUUGUGAAUUCAGGCUACAAGGGGUCAGUGCUCUAAAAUGAGUCUCUCUGGGGAGAGAGAGGAGGUGGGCCCUGCCUCUAAAAUGAGUCUCUCUGGGGAGAGAGAGGAGGGGGGUCCUGCCUCUAAAAUGCAUCUCUCUGGGGGACAUGACACCAAAGCUAAGAGACCAAUCAAGCAGGAGACCCCAGCCUCCCCUGUUCCCAGCUGUGUGUCCAUGAAGAGUGACCGGUCUAUGGAUCAACCUUUACAGUUUAGAGAGGGAGACUUUUCUACUGAACAAAGAAACCAACAGGAGAGAUCAGAGUCAGAGAUUCUCAGUGGUCAGUCUUCCCAGAGUCAUCAAACAGACCUGGCCUCCAUAUUCAGUUUGCUUGAAGAGAAAAUUAUGACAUUUGUGAAGAACGAGCUGAAGAUGUUCAAGAGGAUUCUUAGUCCAGAACUCCCAGAAGGCUUUGAGAGUCAGAAGCAGGAUAAGGAAGUGGUGGAUGCUGAAGAUGAGAAGCAGGAGAGCAGUGCCAGAGAGGGGGCUUUGAAGAUCACACUGCAUGUCCUGAGGAAAAUGAACCAGAAGGAGCUUGCUGACACACUGGAGAAAUAUGAGCUUGCUGUGAUUUGCCAACGUGAAAUCAAAUCUAAUCUAAAGAAGAAGUUUCAAUGUGUAUUUGAGGGGAUCGCUAAACAAGGAAACCCAACACUUCUCAAUAAGAUCUACACAGAGCUCUACAUCACAGAGGGUGGAACAGGAGAGGUCAAUAAUGAACAUGAGCUGAGACAGAUUGAGACAACAACCAGGAAACAAGCAAGACCAGAGACUGCAAUCAAAUGUAACGACAUCUUCAAACCCUUAACUGGACAAGACAAACCUAUCAGAACUGUGCUGACAAAGGGAGUUGCUGGCAUUGGAAAAACAGUCUCUGUGCAGAAGUUCAUUCUGGACUGGGCUGAAGGAAAAGCAAAUCAGGAUGUCCAAUUUGUAUUUUCAUUCCCUUUUCGGGAGCUGAAUUUGAUGAAAGAGGACAAACACACUUUUAUUGAACUUCUCAAUCACUUCUCAAUGGAAACCAAACAAUCAGGAAUCUCCAUCAACAACAAGUACAAAGUUCUGUUCAUCUUUGAUGGUCUGGAUGAGUGCCGACUGCCCCUAGACUUCCAGAAGAACAAGAUCUGUUGGGACGUCACAGAGUCAACCUCAGUGGAUGUUCUGCUGACAAAUCUCAUCAAGGGAAAUCUCCUUCCCUCUGCUCUCCUCUGGAUAACUACCCGACCUGCAGCAGCCAAUAAGAUCCCUUCAGGGUGUGUUGACCAGGUGACAGAGGUACGAGGGUUCAGUGACCCACAGAAGGAGGAGUACUUCAGGAAGAGAUUCAGUGAUGAGGACCUGGCCAGCAGAAUCAUCUCACACAUAAAGACAUCAAGGAGCCUCCACAUCAUGUGCCACAUUCCAGUCUUCUGUUGGAUUUCUGCAACAGUCCUUGAACACAUGCUGAAACAUAAGAGAGAAGAGAUGCCCAAGACUCUGACUGAGAUGUACACACACCUUGUGGUGUUUCAUACCAAACAGAAGAAUGAAAAGUAUCUUGGGAAAGAAGAGACAGGUCCACACUGGAAUAAAGAGAGCAUUCUGUCACUGGGAAAACUGGCUUUUCAACAGCUUGUGAAAGGCAAUCUGAUUUUCUAUGAAGAAGACCUGAAAGAGGCUGGAAUUGAUGUCAAUGAAGCCUCAGUGUACUCAGGAUUGUGCACACAGCUCUUUAAAGAGGAAUGUGUGCUGUACCAGGACAAGGUAUACUGCUUUGUUCAUCUGAGCAUUCAGGAGUUUCUGGCUGCUGUAUAUGUGUUCUUCUCAUUCAUCAACAACAAUGAGAAUGUAAUGGCCAAACCUCAAUCAACGUCCAGGAACCUUUCUGUGAGGAUCAGACAAAGGCGUAAAGUUGCUUUCUACAAGAGUGCUGUGGAUAAAGCCUUACAAAGUGAGACAGGAAACCUGGACCUUUUCCUCCGCUUCCUUCUGGGCCUCUCACUGGAGUCCAAUCAGAAGUACUUACGAGGUCUACUGACAAAGACAAGAAGCAGCUCACAGAGCCAUGAAGAAACAGUUGAGUACAUCAAGGAGAAGAUCAGGGAGAAUCCCUCUCCAGAGAGGUGCAUCAAUCUGUUCCACUGUCUGAAUGAACUGAAUGACCAUUCUCUAGUGGAGGAGAUCCAAAGAUACCUGAGCUCAGGAAGUCUCUCAAAACCCAACCUGUCACCUGCACAGUGGUCAGCUCUGGUCUUUGUGUUGCUGACUUCAGAAAAGGAGCUGGAUGUGUUUGACCUGAAGAAAUACUCCAGAUCAGAGGAAGGUCUUCUGAGGCUGCUGCCAGUGGUCAAAUCCUCCAGAGCUGCUCUGUUGUCAGGCUGUGGAGUCACAGAGGAAGGCUGUGCUUCUCUGGUCUCAGCUCUGGAGUCAAACCCCUCACACCUGAGAGAGCUGGAUCUGAGUAACAAUGACCUGCAGGAUUCAGGAGUGAAGCUGCUCUCUGCUGGACUGGGGAAUCCCCACUGUAAACUGGAGACUCUGAGGCUAUCAGGCUGUCUGGUCACAGAGGAAGGCUGUGCUUCUUUGGUCUCAGCUCUGAGGUCAAACCCCUCACACCUGAGAGAGCUGGACCUGAGCUACAAUCACCCAGGAGACUCAGGAGUCAGACUGCUCUCUGCUGGACUGGAGGAUCCACACUGCAGACUGGAGAAACUCAAGCUGUCAGGCUGUCUAGUCACAGAGGAAGGCUGUGCUUCUCUGGUCUCAGCUCUGAGGUCAAACCCCUCACACCUGAGAGAGCUGGAUCUGAGUAACAAUGACCUGAAGGAUUCAGGAGUGAAGCUGCUCUCUGCUGGACUGGGGAAUCCCCACUGUAAACUGGAGACUCUGAGGCUGUCAGGCUGUCUAGUCACAGAGGAAGGCUGUGCUUCUCUGGUCUCAGCUCUGAGGUCAAACCCCUCACACCUGAGAGAGCUGGACCUGAGCUACAAUCACCCAGGAGACUCAGGAGUCAGACUGCUCUCUGCUGGACUGGAGGAUCCACACUGCAGACUGGAGAAACUCAAUGUGGAACAUGGUGGAGAGAACAGAAUGAAACCUGGGCUUAGAAAAUAUGUCUGUGAUCUCACACUGGAUCUAAACACAGUAAACAGACUCCUCUCUCUGUCUGAGGAGAACAGAAAGGUGACAUGUAGGAGAGAGAAGCAGCCGUAUCCUGAUCACUCAGAGAGAUUUGAGGACUGGAAACAGGUGCUGUGUAGAGAGGGUCUGACUGGGUGCUGUUACUGGGAGGUAGAGUGGAGUGGGGGGGCUGGAAUAGGAGUGACAUAUAAAGGAAUCAACAGGAGAGGAGGGGGUGAUGACUGUUGGCUUGGAAGCAAUGACAAGUCCUGGAGUCUGUCCUGCUAUGACACCUGCUACAGAGCCUGGCACAAUAAUAAUCUCACUACCAUAGACGUCCACCCCUCCAGCUCCCACAGAGUAGGAGUGUAUCUGGACUGGCCAGCCGGAACUCUGUCCUUCUUUAGAGCCUCCUCUGACACACUGACCCACCUGAUCACAUUCCCCUCCACAUUCACUGAGCCCCUCUAUCCAGGGUUUAGGGUUGAUGAUGUUGACUCCUCAGUGUCCCUGUAAAUAUUAACCUGACAC